AUAGUAUUUUGUGGGUCUCGACCAGGUACUACUAGUCGAAUUGUUGGUGGUUCAGUUGCAAGAGUGAAUAGCUGGCCGUGGCAGGUGAUGUUGAUCAGAACUUCUGGAAGCCAGUUUUGCGGCGGAUCGUUAGUAGACCCUUAUUGGGUGGUGACCGCUGCACAUUGCGUUAACGGAAAAUCGCCGUCUUCUAUCAAAGUGAAGUAAGUUACGCUUGAAAUAUUUUAAAACCAGAAAUAAUGCUUCACUGUAGGAACACUUGGGAGAAUAGGUACAAGCUUUGGGCACAAUGAUUUCUGGGAUUGUUUGCGUGGACAAGCUUUUGUUAUCAUUGGUCGUGUAUUCAAGGCAAUUAUUAGCCAGCCAUAAGCAACGGUUUUCUUCCCCCUCCCCUUUACCCAAACCAUCCUAAAAAUCGUUGCGCUGGAAGCUUGUACCUACUUUUUCUGGUAGCUUCUGGAGUGGGGAAUUGCUGCCUACCGUGAUCAUUGACCCUAUGUUCACGAUUCAAAUUAUUGGGUCUCUCUAUCCCGACAGCAUACAGUAGUAGGCUGGGAUUUCUGAUUCUGUGCAUACAAUUUCUAGUGAUUCUGGCGCGUUAAUAUAUUGUUUUAAUUAAUCUGCGAUCAGGUGUCAAAAAAGAUAUAAUAGUUGUAAUAGUUAUAAUAAUUAAAUUAAUUAAUUAAUCAUCAACAACGAUCACAUUUUUUCUGUAUUAAAAGGAUAAUCAUUAUUAAGGAUCGUUUACAAUCAUAAUUGUCCUUGUUGCUGUCAUCGUCGUCAUCAUCAUCAUCAUCAUCGUCGUCGUCGUCGUCGUCGUCGUCAUUAUCAUCAUCAUCAUCAUCAUCAUCAGCGCGAUUGUCGUCGUUUAUUAUAGUUGCUAAAGUUUUAAAUAUUAAUUUUAAAUGGUAGGUACUUUUUUUCUUAUUUAUUUUUCAAGGUUGGGAGCUCACUACAGAACAAGCGGCAGUGUUGGAACAGAACAGGAAAUCGGGGUUGUACAGAUCAUCAGGCAUGAAAAUUAUUAUGACCCGUUGAGCUAUAGCAACGACAUCGCCCUGAUUAAGCUCUUAAAACCUGCAAAUCUUGGAGUUGGCAUCGGGCUUGUCUGCCUGCCUGAUAUGUGCCACGCUCUCCCUUUUGACAAUUUAAACAGAAAGUGCUGGAUAACAGGCUGGGGUACACUGUCGUCAGAUGGGUCCCAGCCAAAUACCCUCAUGGAAGCUGAGAUACCACUGGUCUCCAAGCAACGUUGUCUGAAUUCCUACCCUGGAAAGAUUGAUGAUUCGAUGCUAUGUGCUGGCCUGGAUGCAGGAGGAGUUGACACUUGUCAAGGCGACAGUGGUGGUCCAUUGGUCUGUGAGUUUAACGGUACAUGGUUUCUUGAGGGUGUGACAAGUUGGGGUCACGGAUGUGCGUAUGCUUCAAAGUAUGGAGUGUAUGCUAAGGUUAGAGAACUGAAAGCAUGGGUAACCAACCAUAUUUAUCAAGCAAUACCGCCUGCUGUUUCGCCACAGAACCAAUCGGUGUCCGCGUUAGGUAAGUAU